CUUACAAAUUAUAUAUAUUAAAAAAAUAGAUAUAUAUGUAAGCAGAGAGAGAGAGAGAUCUCUGCACACUUUCCAACCGCUUCUUAUACGACAGAUCAUCACACCACACCAAGAAGUCGCUAAAUCCUUUUUCUCACUUUUGCAGCUUCUUCUUGAUCCUUUUCCAGGAACACAAGGCACCUGGUGAAAAUAUAAUGGCUUCAGAGAGCGGCGUAAAAGGUGAUUCAAAUAUAGUAGAAGAGGUUUCUGAAACCAAACGAGAAAGCAAAGAAGAAGGAGAAGCUAUGAAAACAGAGAAGCAGAACAAGGAAGACCAUGAUGAGAAAACCAAGACGGUGCCGUUUUACAAGCUCUUUGCUUUUGCAGAUUCCUUUGAUUUCCUCUUGAUGCUCCUCGGGACGCUUGGAUCUAUCGGAAAUGGUCUCGGCUUCCCUAUCAUGACCUUACUGUUCGGAGACCUUGUAGAUGCUUUUGGACAGAAUCAGACUAAUACAACCGACAAAGUCUCCAAAAUUGCACUGAAGUUUGUAUAUCUUGGAAUCGGUACUUUUGUUGCUGCUUUUCUCCAAUUGUCUGGUUGGAUGAUUUCGGGAGAGAGACAAGCCGCUAGAAUAAGGAGUUUGUAUCUUAAAACUAUCUUAAGACAAGAUAUCACGUUUUUCGACAUCGAUACAAAUACAGGAGAAGUCGUUGGAAGGAUGUCUGGUGACACUGUGCUAAUCCAAGAUGCCAUGGGAGAGAAGGUGGGGAAAGCUAUACAACUUGUAUCAACAUUUGUGGGAGGCUUUGUAAUAGCUUUCAUUAGAGGAUGGCUUCUAACUUUGGUCAUGUUAUCUUCAAUUCCUCUUCUUGUAAUGUCUGGUGCACUUCUCGCUAUCGUCAUUGCUAAAACAGCUUCUCGUGGACAAACUGCUUACGCUAAAGCUGCGGUUGUAGUUGAGCAAACAAUUGGUUCUAUACGAACGGUUGCUUCCUUUACUGGAGAGAAACAAGCUAUAAGCAAUUACAAUAAACAUCUUGUCUCUGCUUAUAAAGCAGGAGUCAUUGAAGGUGGUUCAACUGGAUUGGGACUCGGAACACUCUUUCUUGUUAUCUUUUGUAGUUACGCUUUAGCAGUAUGGUAUGGAGGGAAGUUAAUAUUGGAAAAAGGGUACACAGGAGGACAAGUUCUCAAUGUCAUCAUCUCUGUUUUAACUGGAUCCAUGUCGUUAGGUCAAGCAUCGCCUUGCUUAAGCGCGUUUGCAGCUGGACAAGCCGCUGCUUACAAGAUGUUUGAGACAAUAGAGAGAAAGCCUGACAUAGAUUCUUAUAGUACAGAUGGUAAAGUGUUGGAUGACAUUAAGGGAGAUAUUGAGCUUAAAGAUGUUUACUUUACGUAUCCGGCUAGACCUGACGAGCAAAUAUUCCGUGGCUUUUCGCUGUUUGUCUCAAGUGGUUCAACGGUGGCUUUAGUUGGACAGAGUGGUAGCGGGAAAUCUACUGUUGUGAGUCUUAUUGAGAGGUUUUAUGAUCCGCAAGCCGGUGAAGUUCUCAUAGAUGGGAUUAACUUAAAAGAGUUCCAGCUAAGAUGGAUCAGAAGCAAGAUUGGACUUGUGAGUCAAGAGCCAGUUUUGUUCACUGCAAGCAUCAAGGACAACAUUGCUUACGGCAAAGAAGAUGCGACAAUCGAAGAGAUUAGAGCGGCUGCAGAGCUAGCAAACGCAUCUAAAUUUGUGGAUAAGCUUCCACAGGGUUUGGAUACAAUGGUGGGAGAACACGGGACUCAGCUUUCAGGUGGACAAAAACAGAGAAUCGCUGUGGCUAGAGCGAUUUUAAAAGAUCCAAGAAUCUUGCUUUUGGAUGAAGCUACAAGUGCACUUGAUGCAGAAUCUGAAAGAGUGGUUCAAGAAGCACUUGACAGAAUCAUGGUUAACCGGACUACAGUUGUGGUUGCUCAUCGGUUAAGCACGGUGAGAAACGCGGAUAUGAUCGCUGUGAUUCACCAAGGAAAGAUUGUAGAGAAAGGUUCACACACGGAACUACUACAGGACAGCGAAGGAGCUUAUUCUCAGCUGAUUCGUCUACAAGAAGAGAAGAAAUCAGAUGAGAAUGCAUCGGAUGAGAGAAAGAUGUCAUCAAUUGAAUCAUUCAAACAAUCUAGUUUGAGAAAAUCGUCGCUAGGGCGUUCUCUAAGCAAAGGAGGAUCAUCCAGAGGAAACAGCAGCCGCCAUUCUUUCAAUAUGUUUGGCUUUCCAGCAGGAAUUGACGCUCAAGACCAAGAUCAAGAAGAGGCUACUACAGAACCUAAAACCAAACAAAAGAAAGUCUCAAUCUUCAGAAUAGCUGCUCUAAACAAACCGGAGAUUCCGGUACUUAUACUCGGAUCAAUAUCCGCAGCAGCAAACGGUGUUAUUCUUCCUCUUUUUGGGAUACUACUCUCAAGUGUAAUCGACGCUUUUUUCCAACCGCCUAAAAAGCUGAAAGAAGAUACAAGCUUUUGGGCAGUCAUAUUCAUGGUUCUUGGUUUCGCAUCCAUCAUAGCAUACCCAGCACAAACCUUCUUCUUUGGGAUAGCUGGAUGUAAACUUGUGCAGAGGAUCAGAAGUAUGUGUUUUGAGAAAGUGGUUCACAUGGAAGUUGGAUGGUUUGACGAGCCAGAGAAUUCUAGUGGAACCAUAGGAGCAAGACUAUCAGCAGAUGCAGCCACAAUCCGUGGUCUAGUUGGGGAUGCUUUGGCUCAGACGGUUCAGAAUCUUUCAUCUAUAUUGGCUGGUUUGAUCAUUGCCUUCUUGGCUUGUUGGCAACUGUCCUUCGUCGUCCUCGCCAUGCUCCCGCUUAUUGCACUCAAUGGAUUUCUAUACAUGAAGUUCAUGACAGGUUUCAGCGCAGAUGCAAAGAAAAUGUAUGGGGAAGCAAGCCAAGUGGCUAAUGACGCGGUAGGGAGCAUUAGAACCGUUGCUUCAUUCUGUGCAGAAGACAAAGUGAUGAAAAUGUACACAAAGAAAUGUGAAGGUCCAAUGAAGACAGGGAUUCGUCAAGGCAUAGUCAGUGGUAUUGGUUUCGGCUUCUCUUUCUUCGUCCUCUUCGCUUCUUACGCUACCAGUUUCUACGUUGGAGCUCGCCUUGUCGAUGACGGCAAAACAACAUUCGACGCUGUCUUCAGGGUGUUCUUUGCUUUGACAAUGGCGGCAAUGGCGAUAUCUCAAUCGAGUUCGUUAUCUCCUGAUUCAAGCAAAGCAGAUGUAGCUGCCGCUUCGAUAUUCGCAAUCAUGGACAGAGAAUCAAAGAUUGACCCGAGUGUUGAGUCAGGAAGAGUGUUGGAAAAUGUUAAAGGAGACAUUGAGCUUCGUCAUGUUAGUUUCAAAUACCCAGCGAGACCAGAUGUUCAAAUCUUCCAAGAUCUUUGUCUAAGCAUUCGAGCCGGAAAGACAGUUGCUUUGGUCGGAGAAAGCGGGAGCGGGAAAUCAACGGUGAUAGCAUUGUUGCAGAGGUUUUACGAUCCAGAUUCAGGCGAGAUCACUCUUGACGGUGUAGAGAUCAAGAGCCUGCGAUUGAAAUGGUUGAGACAACAGACGGGGCUUGUGAGCCAAGAACCAAUCUUGUUCAACGAGACAAUCAGAGCCAACAUUGCUUACGGCAAAGGAGGAGACGCCAGUGAAUCCGAAAUCGUAUCUUCAGCUGAAUUAUCAAACGCCCAUGGUUUCAUCAGUGGUCUACAACAGGGCUACGAUACGAUGGUGGGAGAAAGAGGAAUUCAAUUAUCAGGUGGACAGAAGCAACGAGUAGCCAUUGCUAGAGCCAUCGUCAAGGAUCCAAAGGUACUGCUACUCGACGAAGCGACGAGUGCUCUUGACGCCGAGUCUGAACGAGUGGUCCAAGACGCUCUUGACCGGGUUAUGGUAAACCGGACAACAAUUGUAGUAGCUCACCGGUUAUCGACGAUUAAAAACGCUGACGUAAUCGCCGUCGUUAAGAACGGCGUUAUCGUUGAGAAAGGAAAACACGAGACUUUGAUCAAUAUCCAAGACGGCGUUUAUGCUUCGUUAGUUCAGCUUCAUCUCACUGCAGCUUCUUAA